AUGUUGACAUCAGUUUUUAUUACUCUCAUUCUUACAUUGACAGGAAUGCAAGCAAUUAAAGUCGAAUUAUCUGAUGAGAAAACCCCUUACGAUUACGUAAAGGAACGCUUAGAUGCGAUCGGAAUUGAUCCUAAGUCUGGGAUUCCGUUGUCUGGCUCAUAUGAAGUGGAAGAAAGUGAAGACUAUCCAGAAGAGAUUGAAGGAGAAGCUUCUAAUGUUUUGAAUACUGUGGCAGGUGUCGGUGGAAUUGGAUUGGGGCAAGGUGUUGGGUUCGGGCAAGGAUUGGGAGGAAUUAAUGGAUUCGGUGGAAUCGGAAUUGGGCAAGGUCUUGGUCUGGGAUAUGGUGGCUUAGUUAAUGGGGGAGCUCUUAGUGGAAUAGGUUCUGGGAUUGGAGGAGCCGGGGGUGGUGUUGGACUCGCCAAUGGCAUUGGGUUAGGCAACGGUGUGGGGCUCAUUAACCCUGGCUUAGGAGGCUUAGGAGGCUUAGGUGUGGGAGGCGUAGGGGUUGGUGGUAUCGGUCUGGGCAACGGCCUUUUGUAUCAUCCAUUAUUAGGUGCCCAAGUGGGAGGAGGCUAUGUAGAUAAGAAAGCUUAUGACGCCGCCCAAAAGAAAGGAGCUGAUGAAAAUAUAGAGAAAAUAGAAAAGAAGGCUGCAGAAGAAGCUAAACAUGGCCAAGAAGGAUCCCAACAUGCUGUGGCGGCUGCUAAGGCUGAAAAGGGAGAAUCAAGCUUCUAUAAAGAUGAAGAAGCAAAGAAGAAAGCCGCUGGUGAUGAGAAAUUUUACGAAGGCGGACAGAAAGUUGAUAAGCAAGGUGCCAACGAAGAGCAGUUAAAGAAAGCAAAGAGUCAUAAAAAAGGACACGUUAGCAAAGGAUUUAAAUCUUCAAGCAGCAAGAAUGAGGAAGAAAAAUCUGAAAGCUUCUAUGAUGAAGCCCAUGAUGAAGCCGACCAUAAGGUUUCUGGUCACAACGCUGGGUCGUUUGGAGAAAAUUCUCAACAAGGUUUCAAGGGAGCCCAUGAAGAGAAGAUUCUUGAUGCCAACGCUCAAGGAAAAGAAGGACACCAUGUGUCUGAGCAAAAGAUUGAUGACGCCAAAGCAAAUAAGGGAGAGUUCCUACAAAAGGGCUUCCAAGAGGGCACGGAGUUAUUAGAAAAGUUCAACAACUUGGGAGCUCAUGCCGUACACGGACACCAGGAAGCGAGUGGUGGAUAUCAACAGAAUAAGGGCAUACUUCCUAUACAU